UACUACGGGUACGUCAUGCCAGUGUAUUCGUUCCUAUUGGACAGCUGCCGUGCCUCUAAAGAGACUAAAAAAACUGUCAGUGCUGCUGGAUUUGUUUACGUCCAACAAGAAAACUCAACGUUGACGACUAUUUUGCGGAAAUCUUUCACUAAUAUGGCGUCAGGUUAUCGCAAACAAACUCCUGCAGCUAAUCCGAGGAAAAAGAUUCCUCCAAACAUAGAACUGACAGAGGAGCAAAGACAAGAAAUCAAGGAGGCGUUUGAUCUGUUUGACACCGAUGGCACUGGGACAAUAGACGUGAAGGAGCUGAAGGUUGCCAUGAGAGCCCUUGGGUUUGAGCCAAAGAAAGAAGAAAUUAAGAAAAUGAUUGCAGACAUUGAUAAGGAAGGUUCUGGAACGAUUGACUUCAGCGACUUUCUCAGUAUGAUGGCACUGAAAAUGAGUGAAAAAGACUCCAAAGAAGAAAUUAUGAAGGCGUUCCGUCUGUUUGAUGAUGACUGCACUGGGAAAAUCUCAUUUAAAAACCUAAAGAGAGUGGCCAAAGAGCUGGGCGAAAACCUCACAGAUGAGGAGCUACAGGAAAUGAUUGAUGAAGCAGACCAGGAUGGAGACGGUGAAGUAAAUGAGCAGGAGUUUCUGAGGAUUAUGAAGAAGACCAAUCUUUACUAAAGACUAGCUUUAAGAUUUCUUCAUGAAUCCCUAUGUGAUUUUUUUUUUUUUACAACUAAAUUUUCUACUGCAGCUAUUUUUAAAGACUGGAUUUGUAAAUAAAUACAUAUUUUAAUCCAAUUUUUACCUUGACAACUUUCUACACUGAAAAUUAUUAUAUUUCAGCAUUAGUGAUUUGUCUAAUCUCAUUUUAAUGACUGUGGCACGUCGUCUCAAUCUCAAGUAUUAAAUUUAAACUUCAUGUAGA